CUUUCUCUCGAAAAACAAUCCCUAACUUUUGAUUCCUCUCAUUUUCUUGCUCUCUCUCUCUCUCAAAUAAAUCGAUUUAUUGAUGAAAGUUUCGGUUUGAAGAUUCUGUAUUUCGAAUCAGUGAAAGUGUUUUUUAGCUUUAACAAUGGAGAAGGUGUACGAAGAGUUAGAUGAAGUCAAAUCCGCCAACGAGAAGCUCAGAGCAGACUUCAGAGCCAAAACGGAGCUUCUCGAAAACCUAAAGAAGGUUCAGAACAAGCAGUUAACAGAGAUUCAAGAGGCGAGGUUAGUAAUCGAGAAGCAAAGUUUUGAAUCCGAGGAGAAAAGUAGAGAAAUCUCUGAGUUGAAGCGAACCAACGAGGAUCUUGAGCGUUGUGUGAGAGAAAAGGAUUUGAUUCUCAAGCGUUUGAAUGGAGUUAACGAUAAGCUUAGAGUUGAUGGAGAAGAGAAGAACCGUGAGUUUGAAGAGGAGAGAAGGAAGCUGGUGUUGGCUUUGGAUGAAGCAAGUGAGAAGAAGAUUGACUUAGAGCAGAUGAGUAAUGUCUAUAGAGCUGAGAUUGAGGGACUCAAGGGGAGUUUAGCGGCAGCGGAGAAGAAGAAGACGGAAGCUGAGAAAGCUUUGAGAGGUUUGAAAGAAGCGAGAGGGAGAGAUGAUGUGGUGGUUAAGAUGGAAGAGGAGAAGACUCAGGUGGAAGAGAAGCUGAAGUGGAAGAAGGAGCAGUUUAAGCACCUUGAGGAAGCUUAUGAGAAGCUUAAUAAUAUGUUCAAAUCUUGUAAGAAAGAGUGGGAGGGAGAAAGAUCGACGCUUGUUGAUGAAAUCUACUCUCUUCAGACCAAGCUAGAUUCACAAACCAGAAUCUCAGAGGAUCUUGAGAAGAAGUUGCAGAUGUGUAACAGUGUGCUGAGUCAAGAAGAGACGAGAAGAAAGAAUCUAGAGAUCCAGGUUUCUGAGUUUAAGGCUAAGUACGAAGAUGUCUCUGCAGAGUACCAAGACGCGAGAACGCAGCUUGAUGAUUUGGCUGGGAAAAGAGAUGAGGAAGUUGCUGAGUUGAGACACUCCUUGAGCACCAAAGAGGCUUAUUUCAAGGAGAUGAAGUAUGAGAAAGGGAAACUUGAACAGGAAAACCGCGAGUUGAUGGCUUCGUUGAGAGAGCUGCAAGAAGCUACAAUUCAAGGAUCAGGAAGUUCUGCACUAUCAAAGCUGAAAAACAAGUUUCGGAACCUGGAGAACACGCAUAAGAACUGUUCAGCUAAUCUAAGGAGUAAAGAAUCUGAAUGGAGGUCUCAACUGGAGAAGAUGGCUGAAGAGAUGAACGAUUAUAAGUCUCAGCUGAUAAGCAAGGAUGCAGCAGUGAGUGAGCUUGAGUUGGAACUUGAAAACUUUCAUUCUUCAGCAGAUAAAAUGAGGGUACAGUAUGAAGAGGUCUCAGUAAUGUUCUUAGUGCUAAGUAGAACAGUGUCUGAGGCUCAGUCAAGGCUUGUGAAUGUCACAGAUGAACAAACCAAAGAUGAGAGAAGUAAAGAAAAUAAAUACUCUCUAUUAAUUGAGCAGCUAGAGCAAAAGAACGUUGCGCUGGCCAAGGCACAUGAAGAGACGGAAGCAGAACGUGAAAGGGUGGCGUGCUUGCUGAAAAGAGUUGAAACGCUGGAUCAUUUUGAAGAAGAGAAUCUUCAGAUGCAUAAAGAGGUGGAGAGGUACAAGCAAACAGUUGAGGAUUCAUUUAAACUCCAAACUCAGAUGCAAGAGAAACUGAAAGAGGCUGAAAUUGACUUCGAAGAGAAACUUCUACAAGUCUGUGAUGCACUUGACAACACAAACUCGGAACUUGUUGCAGAACGUGAGAAAGUGGUGGGUUUAAGAAGGCAGAUUGAGUCCUUUGGUAUUAUCAAAGAGAAGAAUCAAGCAAUGGAAAAAGAAGUUCAGGAGCAUAAGGAGAUGCUGGAGGAAUCAGAAAAACUUCGGGUGAUUUUAGAGGAGCAGAUUACACAGCUUGAGAGUGAUUCCAAGGAGAAUGUUAGAGAGCUCUGCAGUAAGGUGGACACUGCUUAUGCAAAGUUGGCUGAAGAGGUUGAGAAGAAUGUCUCGUUGAUAAGAAAAAUUGAGUCCAUUAAUCAAAACGAAGAGCAGAGACAAAGGGAGGUUGAAAGUUACAAGGAGAUGCUUGAGAAGGUGACUAAAAGUCAAAUCCUCUUACAAGAGAAAGUUGUAGAGGUGGAAAGCCACUCGAAAAGGAAACUUGCUGACGUUUCUGAGGCCUUAGAAGCAGCAAACUGUGAACUGUCUGAUAAAACCUCUGAAGCGUACCAGCUUGAGUUCCAGUUAUGGGUCUGGAAAUCUAUUGCUAAAAGGCUGAAAGUGGAGCUCGAGCAAAACCAGGACCUGCGCAAAAGAGUGGAAGCUUCUCUUCUUGAACAGGUUACUGUUGGAGAUGCCAUGAGGCAAGAGAGAAAUGAACUGGUGCAUAAACUAAAGGCAGUUGCUAUGUCUGAUUCAGAGAAGGAAAUUCUUAUAAAGAUAAUGAGGGAGAAGGACAAGAACUUGGAAGAAGUACAGAGAGAGGCAGAGUUGUUGGAACAAGAAUCACUUACAAGGGAGCUUGAGGGUGCUGUUUUUGCUCAUAUAACUGCAGAGAGGGUGUUGCAGAACGAGAGAGGUGAACUGGAAAGUUCAUUAAAGUCUGUAUCUUUGCUUCUGGAACAGAAGCAAAACGAGGCUACUAUGGUUUACAAAGCAUGGGAGAAACUAGCUGCUAAUAACAUUCUUACCGAAGUAGAAACCGAGGCGAAGAAGCUUAUGAUCAUAGAGCUAGAAGAGGAAAUCUCUAGUAUUAGCCAGAAGCUAGAAAGAUCCGAUGAGUCUCUUUCUUGUUUCAGAGAAGAGGCAACCAAGUUAGGAGCAGAACUUGAAACUAAGCAGAGAGAGUUGAAAGAAGUAACCACAAAGAGGCAGGAAAAGCUAAGAACUUCAGAAGCGGACAAGACAGGGCUAGUUAAACAAGUGGCAAGUUUGUCAUCAGAAAGACAAGAUCUUCUCUGUUUAAUCAGUGAACUGGAGAAUGGUAUGUCUAAGCUGUGUGAUGAAGACACAAAGCUGAUGAAAGCUUUGGAGAGAACAGUCCAACGUGGUGAUGGAUUUGGUAAAGAGAACAACAGUAUUGGUUCUCCAAGAAUUGUAAUGAAGCAUGAAGAUGUUGCGGUUGAAGACAGGUCACCAUUUAGACAACUUAACCAUUAGACUUAGUUUGAUUCUUCCACAAAGACGCAAUGUAUUCGUUGUUUUAUUCUCAGUAAAACUUGUUGGUUAGUUGACCAUAAAAAAAUCUUGUUUGUUAUGUUAUUGAUGUUUCUCAGAUGAAACUCUCUUGCUUUUACAGAGGCUUUUCUCAUUGUGUAAUAAAGAAACGUACUAAGGUUUUUGUUUAUUACUCAUUUAUUUUUGUUUAGCACAAGCUUAAACGAUUUAAU